UCUUUAAUCUCUUCCUUCUCAUCAACGCUGUUGAUUUCUUCUGUUCUUCUCUCGCCUUCCAAUUGUUGAUCCCACAUACCCAAUACUCGCAUCCUAACUUCCCUUAAUCGCUAUUUUCAACUCUAAUAUCGUCCUUUCUUUUCGCCCCAUUUCAGUUCUCUUCUUUUGUUAUUACUCUUUCUGCCUACCACUACACUCUCUUUUCUCCCUAUAUAUCUCCCAAUGACAACCACUAAAAUCGAUCCAUCUAAUCCCCCUUUUCCUGCUUCCCCUGGAAGAGUCCAGACCUUGUCUGAAGACCAGGAAAUUCUAUUGAAAAAACUCUGGAUUGAAUUGCUCAACAUUUGGGAAAUUCCAAUUAACGACAAUAAUGCCAAUCUUAAAAAUACCAAUACUAAUAACAACAUCAAUUUAAUCUCUUCCUCAAAAUCUAUCUACCAAAAAAAUCUACAAAAAAAUAUUAUCAAUAAUCAAUCUCAAAAUAUCUUCACAAAUAACAUUCCACAAAAUUCAAUGGCCAAUAACCCUCCUCCUACCACUUCCACUACUCCUACUACUCCUACUACUCCUACUACUCCUAACAAUAUUACGAUUACCACUAAUGACAAUAAUGACAAUAAUGACAAUAAUGACAAUAACGACAAUACUAAUAACAAUAACCAAAAAAUAUUGCCCAUCAUAAACUCUCCUCCCUCAACAAGAUCAAAUACUCUCAUCCUACCAAACGUCCCUUCCUCUCCUUCAGCUCCCAUCACAAUCCCUCCUCACUCUGCUUCAACUGCUUCUGUGGUCUCAACAAUCAACGGCUCUAGUAUUUCAAAUAAAACAAAUAAUAGCCCUCACUCAUUAUACUCUGUAAAUCAAAACUCAAAUAACAUCACUCCAAGGAAAAAAAAAUUCAAUCUCUUGAAAAAAAACCUUAAAAGAGCUAAAUCAAUCAAACUAAUUUCACUUAAAAAUAAAAAAAAUAACCAAAAUAACCAAAAUAACGCAAGUCAUCUAGAUCCAAAUUUAACCGAGAAAUCAGAUAAAAAUCUUAAAAGCGUUAAAAGUGAUAAAAGCUCCAAAAGCGUAAACUCAAACAAAAAGAAAAAAAACCCCAGCUUUUUAUCAAAAUCUUUUUCAAAAUUGUCUUUAGUCUCUUCCAAUGAAAAUCGUCACCAUCUUCUUCAUAAAAGCACAACUAACAAUAGCAGAAAUUAUAAUAAUAACAAUAAUAAUAAUAAUAAUAAUAAUAAUAAUAAUAAUAAUAACGAAAAAUCAUCCUGCCCAAACUCAAUUCAAAACUCCUCUCCUCAAAAAGUCUCAAAUUUAAGAAUAUCCUAUAUAAAUCAUCAAAAAACGGUUACUCCACCAUUACCAAACCACUCUCUUGUCCCCUCUAAAAAAGAUCCAACUAAAAAAGAUCUUAAUAAAAAUGAAAAUGAAAAUGAAAUUCGAAAUGGAAAAGAAUCACUGCAAAACAAUAUUAUAGAAACACCCGAUCAAUUGCCAGAAAAUAAACAGUUAAUUAGAAAUCAAAUUGUUAAAACAAAAACUUUUUCUUCCUUCUCAACGAUAAAUUCGGAUGAUGACUCUGACUUGGAUGACUAUCAAGAUGCCUUAUCAAAAUUACCAACGAAUCCAAUGAUCGAAGCAAAAUACUCAAGACAAUUAACUCAACAAUCUUUACAAGAUUUUUCCUCAAAUGCCUUAUUUAAAGAUUUUUGGUCCUUUUUAAGAGUAGAUUUGCCUGAUAAUCUAGUACUAAGAUUCUUAAGAGCAAGAAAAUGGGAUGUCGAAAGAUGUAUUGCAAUGUUAUCUGACACAAUUCACUGGAGAAUAAAAGAAGCAGAGGUUGAACAGAUUAUGUUUGAAGGUGAAUUAGGCCCAUACAAAGCCGGUGAAAAGGGUUUUAUGAAAAAUUAUGAAUUAUCAAAGGCGUAUUUUAGAGGUCAUGAUAAAGCCGGCAGAAUCAUUGUCGUUGUUAGACCAAAACUACACCAUAGCUCUGAUCAGAACGAGAAAGAAAUGGAAAAGUAUACAAUUCAUGUCAUUGAAACCGCAAGAUUACUAUUACAAGAGCCAACUGAUUCCGCUAGUAUUAUUUUUGAUUUAACCGAUUUUUCAAUGAGUAAUAUGGAUUAUGCACCAGUGAAAUUCAUGAUUAAAGUCUUUGAAGCUCAUUAUCCUGAAUGUUUAGGAGUAUUAUUAAUCCAUAAGGCACCAUGGAUUUUUGGAGGAAUUUGGAGUAUCGUUAAAAGGUGGCUUGAUCCAGUUGUAGCAAGCAAGAUUAAUUUUACAAGAACUACUAAUGAUUUAAGAAAGUUUAUUGAUGAGAAUAAUAUACCAAAAUAUUUAGGAGGUAAAGAUGAUUAUAUAUUGAAGUAUGAAAAACCCAAGGAUAAUGAGAAUGAUUUAUUAAAAGAUGAGACAAUGAGAAAAUUAAUUCAAGCUGAGAGAAAGGAAAUUAUCGAGAGAUUUGUCGAAGCUACUGUUAAUUGGAUCAAAGCACAGGACAAGGGAGAAAGUUUCAAAUAUCUUCAAGAAAAGAUUCAAAUUGGGUAUGAAUUAGCUAACAAUUAUGUUAGAUUGGAUCCGUAUAUUCGGGUGUAAGAAGGUUAAAAUUGAAAAUGAGGAAAGUACAGGAGUUGAGAUAAAACAGAAUAAAUUGGAGUAAAUUGGAGUAAAUUGGAGUAAAUUGGAGU